AUGGCAACCAGCUGGUCACAAGUUUACAAACAAAAGUUUUUCGCCGUUUGUAAAUACAGGUGUAAACAUUGCAAACUGUUGGCACAUUUAGUCAGUUUAACUCAUAACUUUAAACCUCGUAGAUAUUACCAAGUAAUAUAGACAUGGUUAUAAAAACAUUUCGUAAUUAAAGUAACAAAUUUAGCUACGGUUUUGGAUCACAGAAAGUUAAAUAGUUUGAAUUUUAAAGUUUUUCCCUUAACCAGAUAAUAUUUAAUUCGCAAUGGAAACCACGAGUGGAGAGCAUACUUUUGAAAUCAAACAGGAAACGGACCAGGAGGAAAUCAACAUAAAAAACUUUCUCGUCGAAUUACACACUUUGCGGGGCGUUCUUACAGAUGCGGAAUCCAAAUUUGGGCUUAUUUCGAGCAAGUGUGUCAGAUAUUUGGAAGAUUACGAUUUAUCUUGCGACCUCCACCGCAUGAUGAUUGACGGACUAAAAUCCAUUAGCACCGGAUUAGACGAGGUCGAGCAGAAAUUUAGGGCCAAAUAUGACCUCAAUCAAGCACGGAAGGAUGAUGACAAUGCUUUAUUCCAAUUGUUGCUGAGUCAUGAAGUUACCAUGAAGUCGGAGGGGGACGAGGAGGGGGAUAAUGCUGACAAUAAACCGUCCGGAUCGACUUCCAAGCCAGCUUCGUCUCCUGAGAAGGCCACGGCAUCCAGCGAUUUUGAUUCCGACGAUGAAAUUCCUAACCCACACAUUCCUCACUACUAUUACGAGUCACCCUGUGACGACGACGACCAUGAUAAGGACGACCUUACCCCUGGACCUCUAACCCUUCAACCGCGCUCCAUCCGAAUCCGAAAUCUGAUUAAAACCCGGCGUAGCGUGACUACCACCCGUAAAACAAAGCACCCUCCACCCCCAAAAAUACAAAUCACCCGCCAAAAAAAGUUGUCAAAUCCCGCCACCUCCACCGAUCAACCUCCAACUUUAAACCCUCCCGCCGUCUCACAAUUAACCCAAGAAUCCACCCGACCCCUCAAAAAGCGCGGUCGCAAACCCACCCUGGACAAGUCCCCCGUUUCGUGCCCCAUCUGCCACAAAACCUUAGCAUACAACGGGCUCGCCCUGCACACCCAGCGCUGCCACACCGUGCGCCCCAUGGACUUUAAGUGCACCCUCUGCCCACGCGAAUUCCCGACGAAGGGGCAGCUCAAAAACCACGCCAAAAUCCACUCCGAGUGCAAAUCCUUCGUCUGCGAGCUUUGCGGAUGGUCGUUCCACCUCAACUCGAAUUUGCAACAGCACAUGCGCAAACAUCAGGAUGAGCGCCCCUUCAAAUGCACGCAGUGCGAGGACACGUUCAAAUUCAGCCAGGCGCUGAGCCUCCACGUGCAAGCGAUCCACUCAGAAAAGUCGAAUCAGUGCACACUCUGCGGAAAAUUGUUUGGCACGCUGACAAAAUUGAAGUCGCAUGAGCGCUGUGUUCACCAGGGAGUGAGGAGUUACCCGUGUCACCUGUGUGGGAAAGCGUUCAAGAGGGGAGAUAAUUUAAAAUAUCAUGUUAAAACGCAUUCAAAUCCGGCCAGUAAAUAUAGAGGGUUGAAUAAGCCUAGAGUUUAAAGUUUUUGGUGCAAAAAAUCUAUAUAAAUUGGAAAUAUGUGAGAUGGUUUUGUUACAAAUUAUGAUUUGUUUAAAUAGUGUCUGCAUGUAGGCUCGGUACAUACUUUAAUUUGUGUAAGUUUUAUUUCUUAUGCACAUAUUAUCUUUUCUGUUUGAGAGGUGAAACUUUAAAUCAUGGAAUAAGUUAGAAAUCUUGUAAAUAUUAAAUUGUAUGUACUUAUAUGUAUGCAUCACGGCUGGUUUCUUGCGUAUUUUAAUUCUUCUUAUUCAUUCGGCCAAUGAAUUUUAGUGAAAUAAAUCGUAUCGAUUUACUAUGUAAA